AUGGAAGAAUCAAAGAUAAUAAAGGCAACUACGACACAAUUGCCCCCAUGUUGUUUACGAAUAGUUGACAAUGAAUAUAUCCUCGUCGGCUCCUACCAUUUGGACAAGCCAAGCGGUAAAAGAACGGGCCUAAUGGAAAUCUUUGACCGAAAUCUAGAACUUACAAAUUCCUACCCAACAUAUGGCGCAAUUCUGGAUUUAAAAUUGUCUCCGUUUGAUACCAAUCUAGUAGCAACAGCUCACUCAACCGGUAAUGUAACUGUUUGGAAAUUUACGUUAACCAAAGACAAAAAAUCUGUCGAACUACGUCAAUUGGGCAAUUUACAAGUAUUUGAUGUGAAUAUUCUUGUCACGUCUUUACAAUUUUCUCCUUUAGAUUCAAGGAUUCUGUUAGCUACAAACACUUUGGGCACCUCGGCGAUCAUAGAUCUUGUAGAUGAAUCGGUAACAUUUAGUAUUGACUCCACGGCUACCACUUACCAAAGAUUGGUUAAAACUAGCUAUAAUGUCCAAGGUAGUUUCGAAAAUGCGAUGGAAGUGAAGGCUCGCAAAUUUGCGGGAAAACAUGCCCUGGAAUGCUGGACAGGUGAAUUUGGUCAACUACAGCCUUUACAAAAUGUUGUAUUUACGGGUGGCGAUGAUGCAACAAUAAUGGCUCAUGAUCUCCGCACAAAGGCUACAGUGUGGUCAAAUAAUAGGAUACACGAAGCAGGGGUUGUUGGCAUCAAGACUAGCUCGCCCACUUUUCGGAAUUCGAAAUCAACUUCUAUAAUUACCGGCUCCUAUGACGACAAAAUAAGAUCACUUGAUUUACGAAUGUUAGGAGAUGAUAUCUAUCCUGGGCACAAUACACCCGUAGCAAAACAAUGGGACUGCGAUUUGGGCGGUGGAGUAUGGAGAUUCUCUGAAAUGCCUUCAAAUCUAACUAGAACCUUUUCAGAAGCACCUAGUAACUCGAAUAAAUUGCUUGUUUGUUGUAUGUAUAAUGGUGCAAAAGUUGUAGAUGUAGCGGAAGAUUCGGAGGACAUGUUCAGGGUUACAAACUAUCUGAAGAAAGGACAUGAAUCGAUGUGUUAUGGGGGAGAUUGGUGUACAGACUUCAUUGCUACAUGUUCUUUCUACGAUAACUCGCUGCAAAUAUGGAACUUAUAG